ACAGACAGACACGUUAAUCAUGUCAAUGGAUAAGAAACUCACCGAAAUGUUUGCUUUUUUUCAAGAUAAAGAUAAAAAUGUUGUAAAUGUGAAAGAUGUGCCAACAAUAAUACGUACCCUAGGCCUCGUCCCUUCUGAAGUGGAGAUGCGAAAGACAGUAGCCGCCAUGGUGGGGGAGGAGAGUGCCGACACCGUGCAUCUGGCAGCAUUCCUCACCAUCGCAAAAAAACUUUUAAUGGACCGAAGGUUCCCCAGCAGCAACAAGGAAGAGCUGUCUCGUGCCCUUGCAGUGCUGGCGAAGGAAGGGAAGAACUACUUGGCGGAGACGCAGCCCCAGCAGGAGAGCAAAGGGGGAGUCUAUGAUACGAAGCGGUCAGGGUUCCGUCCCCCGGGCAGCCUGUCCCGCGAAGAGCUCGUGCGCCUCAUGACGUGCGAGGGAGAGGCUCUGACGCAGGAGGAGGCGGAGGAGCUCAUCCUGUCCUUACCGAUGAAGGAUUCAGAGUACGUGGAUCUUGACCAGUACGCCGCCCAGCUCGUGCCGCCGCCUAAGUUCUUUUGAGAUUGUGGGUCUUCUCGGAAGGUUGAAGUUCAAAGGUCUUGAUACUGCGAAAGUGUCAGUCUCAAUACUGACAUUUCCUACAUCCUGUUUACUAUUUGUUUAUUAAUUUACUUCGAAUGUACAUCUAUUUCUUACUUUCUUACCCUUAUUAUUUCUGUCUCAGCGACCAGAGGGUGUAUGUUACGAAAACACAUCUGAACCUGGUAAAAAUGUAUCCUUUUUAUAAACCUUU